GAAACCCUGAUUUCCAUGUCUUCUUUCUCCACUUUCGCCCCACGGCUUACUCUACAAAUGCUGAAACCGUGGCCACGAUGACCGCUCCUGAUUACCGGGCGACGGCGACGGGAACUUUAGAAAACGGCGAGUGCCAGAGACGACAUUGAUCCUUAUGCAUGGUGAGAACGGAAGAGCAAGGUGGCUGUGGCGCCAGCAGAACUAGAGCAGAGGAAAGGGGAAACUGAUGAGAACAAUUUUUAACUGACUACCAUGCCUUCUGCGUAGAUGAUCUGAGAUGGAGUGGAGAAUGUUGCGCUGGAGAGGAGAAGUUGAUGGCAGUACUUCCUCAACUAAAGUUUUAUUCAAAAACUUGAAACUACCAUGUGUGAAGAACUUGUUUUAUAGGAUUUCAUUGCACUCAGUACUAACGAGUGGGUGAUUACUGAACUAAUGCUACUGGUUGAAGCUGUGAUAUUGCUAUUCUUCAGAACUUCCUCGAAAAAUUUUAGCUUAUGGGUUUGUAAGAGUUUGAGUGUAGCAAUUCGAUUGUUCUUAAUUUACCCUUUUUCUUUUACGAACAUUUGGCAAUGGUUGGGGAUGUUGUAUCCAAGCCUGAAUCGUCUAAUUCCUGCUGUAAAGUGUGGAAAGAUAUGUACACAAAGCUUGAAGAGAAGAGAAUUGCUCUACGUCAGGCAGUCAAGCUCCUUGAGGAACAAAUCAGGAAGAUUCAGGCGGAGAAUCUUAAUCUUAAAGAGGGAUAUGAGAAGGAGAAAGCUCGAGCUUCUAUUGAGAGAGAGAGCAAAGACAAAGAAUCUGCUAUAAGAGUCUCCUUAGAGAGGGAAAUUUCGGACCUCAAAUCUCAAAUUUCUUCAUUGAGACAAAAUGAUGUAGAGGCAGUUAAUGUUCAUGGAGAAGUAGAUCAUCUUAAUGUUCUUGUUGCUGAGGGUAAGAAGAAAAUUAGCCAACUAAAAGAACUUCUAGAGACAGAGAAGAGAAGGACAGAUGCUGAAAGGAAAAAUGCUGAAGCGAGGAAGGAGGAAGCUGCUCAAGCUUUGAAAACUAUGAAAAUUGAAAGGAGUAAGGCUAGUGACUUGAAGAAGUUGCACAAAACUGAAAUGGAUAAGGUUAAUGAAUUCCGACAACAACUAGGGAUGUUAGAAAAAGAAUAUGAAGAAACGAAGUUAAAGUUGGCUAGCAAAACUUCUAAACUAACUGAGGUAAUGAAAGAUCUAGAGAUAGAAAAGCAAAGGACUUUCAAAGAGAAAAAGCGUGCAGAUUCUGAAAUGUCUAAAGCACAGGCUUCAAGGAUGCAAACUGAAGUAACCAUGAAGCAGGUUGGGGAAGAAAAAUCUAAGGCCGAAAACUUAUUUCAGCAAUUAGAAAGAAAGACAUGCAAGAUUAAGAAAUUGCAGAAGCAGGUCAAAGAAUUCAAGACCUUGAAAAAAUUUAUUGAAUCUUGUUGUGGUCAACCCAUCAAGAGAACUAAUAGUAAGGAUGUGAAAAAGAAUGAUAAACCUUGGUUGGAAAUGAUACAGAGAAAUGAAAACGAAUUGAAGUUGGCUUUUGAGUAUGUUAAGGCUAAGGAAGUUAACAUAAAGCAUAAGAUGGAUGAAGAUCUGGCGAUUAUGAAGGAGAAGACGGUGAAUUCCAACAUGAUGAAAUCAUCAGAACUGAAAAACCAUUUAGAGAUUUAUCGCAGGAAGGCCAUGGAUGAACAAUGCCGUGCUGAUAAAUUGUCUCUUGAAUUAGAAGAAAAGAACAGGAAAAUUGAGGAAUUGCAAAAGAACUUGCGUGGAUUCAAGUCUUCUAGGAAAUUGGCUGAUGCAUCUGCUGUUUCUUUUGAACAUGCUAUGAGUUCCGAACGUGCAGAAAUGAAGCUUUUGAAAAAAAAGUUAAAGUUUGAGAAGACGAGACUAAAACAUGCUAGACAAGUGGCUAACUUGGAAAAAAAUCAUCGUUCUGUUAUUCAACAAGAACUGGGUCGUUUUAAGCUAGAAUUUGUUCAGCUGUCAAAUCAUUUGGACGACCUGCAUAAAUUUUCCUCUACUGGCACUAAGGAUAAUGAUGACUCGGAAAAGACAAUGAAUGCUGAGAAAUUGCAAAGAUCGUACCCAAAGAAGAAUCUACGUGCUAUAGAGGCAUUCCAAGCCUGGAUGCCUGAUACUUUUAGGCAGGCCACCCCACAUCAUGGUGCUCCGUUGCUUCCUUCGUCUGUAGGGAAUCAUAUCACAUCUUUAUCAGGUAUUGAAUCUAGGUUGGAGUCCUUUCCUGGAGACUCUAACAGAAAAAUGUUACAAAGUUGUGCAGUCAAUUCCAGUACUGCAUCUUUUUCUGAUGGUCAGUUGGUCGGCUCACAGGAAAAUGGCUUUCGUUUGACAGCAACAAAGUUGGCUGGAGAGAACUUCAACAUGCAACCAAGAAUAUCCAACUUAUCUAGUGAAGUUAGUAAGAUGAAAAGCAAUGAAAACCUUGCCAUGAUGGCAGGAAAUAGUGUCAGAAGUCAUAUUAAAAAUAAUAUUGGAAGAGCUAAUGAAAAACAAGGAAAGAGAAAAAGAACCAUUGAAACUGUUGAAUCCAUUGAUUAUUUAUAUCAUGAGAGUAAGAAAAUGCAUUCUCAGAUUGAAGAGAAGUUGUCUCUUUUGCAUGCUUUAAACAGCCCUACAGAGAAGCCCUUAGAUAAGAGUGAACAUGUAAUAUCGAAUGUGCUUCAAGAUUCUUGUGCUGAUAAGAAAAUUCGGAAGAAAAGAAAGGCUUUGUGCCAGAAGAAAUUAAAGGUGCAACAUUUACUUGAUAAUAGUGAGAUGAAGUUGAACAAAGUUGACACUGAAGUUUGUGCGCCUAAAAGUAUUGGUAUUAAACCUUCUCAACCUGUCAGCAAGCUUAUGGACAAUUGUCAGCCAUGUGUUGAGGAACUUAAUACUUAUGUCAGAAGUGAACUUCAAACCUUGGAAACUUUUGGUAAUAUAGCAAAUGUGGACUAUAUGAAAUUGCUAGAUUUGGAUAGUGCUGCUGAUGAGGAAUGCUACAGGAGAGCAAUUGAAAUGCCGCUGUCUCCGCUUCCAAAUAUUUAUAUUUAUGGCGCUGAAACAUCUGCUUUGAAUGAAUUUGAGCCUCUAGUAGAUGAACUCCAUAAAGAAUUGCCAGAUGAAAGAGAAGGUCAGCCAAAAACACACAGCUACACUGUCAUCGAUGUUGAGAUUAAGUCCAAUUAUACCCAGUCCUGCGACUUUGACUUGUUAGGAGAUAUACAUAGCAGUAAACGCCAACUAGAUCCGUGUUUAAUACAAGGUAGACAAGAGAAUGAUCUUUUUGAUAUUGUACAGGCAGGAAAUAACUGUCUUGAUCAGGUUGGGGUCAUUGUAGGGAUGCCUGGGACAAAUGUUUCUCUUUCUGGUUGUGAAGGGGUGGGAGCAUCGGAAAUUAAAUCUGGAACCCUGGGCAACUCUAACCCUGAUUUUUGUGUUAUUUUCUCUAAUUCAAAUGACUGUCACAGUAUCUUAAAAAUAUUUUCAGCAACUAGGGCUUGUGUAAAGAGGAGCUCUAUAAUUACUCAAAAAGAGUGGAUGGUGCAAGAGAUUUUGGCUUCCCUUAACAUGGAGCAUGAACUUGUACCAAAGGAGAAGACUUGUGUAUUCUUUUCCUUGUUGCUGCUCAACUUCACCGUUGUUGCUGUGCAUAAAUAUGGGAACUUUCUGAACUGCCAUACCUGCUUGGAUUCUUUUUCAGGGCACAUAUGUGAAGCAAUGCUUGAUGUGGCAAUAAGAAGCUUGUUUACUAAAUUGCUCUGUUUGGAUGCGUUACUUGCUCUUAUGGAAGAUUUCCUAAUAGAUGGACAAGUCCUAUCAUGUACUGAUGCCUCUUUUGAGACAUUAACGCAAGGUGUUUUGAGGGUCAAUAUCCCUAUCGAUAGUGUAAAUAGAACAUUGUCACUUACACCAGCAUCAACAGACUAUUUGAUUGCGGGAAGUUCCAUCCUAGCGUCAAUUUCUAAAGCUGUUCAUCGUACUGGUCUUCUUUGGGAGAUAUCAUACAGGAUUUUAAGAAGCUGCAGGUAUGAGUCUUCGUUGAUGUUAACAAUUCUUCAUAUUUUUGCACAUAUUGGUGGAGAUCAGUUUUUCAGUUUGGAAGUGUACUCUAAUCUGAGGGCUGUCUUGAAAUCAAUAAUCACGCACCUUGAGACAGUCGGAUCUUCAAAUGAUGCUACUUUCACCCCACUCAAAAGAAAUUGCAGAGCAGAGUUUGUUCAAUGUGCUAAUUGCCCUUUUUCAGAGGAAGGCAUGUCUAUGCCCAUGGUUGUGUCGUUUCUAUUGCAAUUACUUCCGAAGAAUAUAUCAAAUGAAAUUAUGGAUGAAGAUUUAGAAAAUCCAACUAGUUCAUUAAAUCUGGAAUCCUUGUUCAAGAGGAAUUUAGCUAACCAGAUUCCAUGUAAAAAUUCAAGUGGUAAAGAGGUCCAUCCGUCAGUGUAUUUGGACUGUGAUGCAUCUUGUUGUUUAAAGAAGUUCAAGGUGUCUGAUGAUGAACCACGAUUUCUCUUCAAUCCAACAUUGUGUGAUGUUACCGAUGCCAUAUCAUUGGUUGAACUGCUAGCAUGGUACAUGGGCUGGAAUUGGACAUUCGCUAACAUUAUCCCUCAGCUGAUGGAAUUAUUGAAGUCAUCAGUUACGAAGGGUUUUGCAAUUGUGAUUCUUCUUGGUCAACUUGGGAGAUUUGGCGUGGAUGCUGGAGGCUUUGAAAAUGGAGGAGUUAAAAUCUUAAGAUCUAAUCUAUCAUCAUUUCUUUGCCUGGACACUACCAUUAAAUCUGGCCUCCCUGUUCAAAUUGCCACUGUUUCUUCCUUGUUAGGCCUUCUCCCUUUCGAUUUCGAAACAAUCGUUCAAGAUAAAGUGCGCUGUCGAGCCUCUUCGAAUCAAUAUGUUGAGGUCAACUUAAUAAAGAUGUGGUUUUCUUUAUUAAGCCCGAAACAGAAGGAGUUGUCAUGCAACAUCUUACAAGUUGCUGCUUGCAAUGUAAGCUGAGAUUUGCUUUCCUUUCUGAGGCGUGGACAAGUAAGAGUUAUCACAACCAAUUUUUGAAGAGUCACCUGUAGAUAUUUAGGAAAUUGAGGAUUUGUGCAUAUCUUUAGCCUGUAGUCUAUUUUUCGUUCACACUUUAAAGAGGGAGGAUAAGUACAGUUUUAUGUACUGUUUUACUGAGUACAUUAUCUGAAGCAAGUUUUGUAAAUUACCCUAGUAGCUUCCAUUUUCGUCCUCUCAACUAUAUGUGCAUUUUCUAGAAUUUUUGCUCGAUUUUUAUGUCAAAGGUGUCUUGUACUCG